UAGUACCUGGCCCAGUUGGUUCAGUAUCCAGUAUCAUGGACACUACAUGGGCUGUUAUCUCAUGGAGUGUACCUAGUUAUAUUCCAUCAGACCAUCCCAUUAUCACAUAUGAGAUAAGAUACCAUAUGUUACAGUCUGGUAACUGUUCAAUGGUAGAUGAUGAUGGCAUUAAUAUUCAAUUGUUCAACCAUUAUAAUAAAUUCAGCAAUAGUACACUUACUGUCAUCACUGGUCUGUAUAGUGAAACCUGCUAUAUUUUUAGUGUACGUGCAUACACUGAUAAUGGAUAUGGUCCAUGGACAUUAAUAACUAAUGAGACAUUAACCCUGCCAAUAAAACCAUCACUAACAUUAUCAUCGACAUCAUUGCAAACAACAAUGACUACUACUAUAAAACCAGAAAAUACUUCAACUAUUGUGACAGUUGGAGCCUCAGGGGUUGUUGUGUUUUUAAUUGCUCUAUUGCUGGUGAUGAUUGUUGUAAUUACCAUUUUCAUAAAGUAUAUUCCA